CAAAUACAUAAGUUUGAAAAUUGCCAGACAAAUCCAAAUAAGCUAAUGUAUCAUGCUCCGCGCUGACUGCUACAAUUAACCUUCCCUGAAUUGGCAAAUUCCCAAAUCCCACCACCCCUACCAUCCUCUCUCGUCCCACCACCGCCACCACCUGUCUCUCACCUGUCUCUCAGAGGACUCCCGGGAUUUCACUUUCUUUCCCUAAUUAAUUUCCGGGUAUUAAUUGAACAGUAGUACUUCGUUUGCUACUGAUGCAAAUCCAAUGAGGUCAGAAUGUUCAGAUGGAUUAUUUGCUCAUCAGUUGGCAGUUCCAUUGACUGCUGUUUGCAGAUUGAAUGCUGCCGCUUUGGCAACCCCUUUUUUUCUUCUCAUUCUAUAAGUGUUUGAGUUACUGAGUCAAAUGAUUAUUGGGUUUAGCAAAGCAUUCAUACUUGUUGGACUUGAUUGCUAUUUUCAUCAAACCAGGUUUGGUUUUGCAGUUAACAUGCUUCUACAUUACACCGUAUCUUUGUUGAAGACAACAGAAUGUUGAUUCUUUCUUUUUUCUCGACCUUUCAUUUUUUUUAUUUAGCCUUUUCAUUAUUUGAAACCUUUAUGAGUUCCUCUGUUUCCCUGCUUUUACAGAUGGAAGUUGUUUGCCUCAACAGUGAGCCAGCCUUCAAUGAAGGUGAUGAAUAUGAGCAUGAAGGAGAUUCUGCCACGGGGGAAAAUGCGGAUGAACUGUGUGCAGCGCCGCACUUGAAAAGGGAGCCCCCACCACCCACAGUUGGUUUGGAGUUUGACUCUUUUGAUGAAGCUUAUGAUUUCUAUAAUGGCUAUGCCAAGGAUCAAGGAUUUGGCAUUCGAGUGAGCAAUUCGUGGUUUAGAUCCAAAAGGAAAGAGCGUUACAGAGCGAAACUCAGUUGCAGUAGUGCAGGUUUCAAGAAAAAAAGUGAAGCAAACAAUCCUAGACCAGAGACAAGAACUGGUUGUCCUGCAAUGAUAGUCAUUAAGCUUGUUGACUCUAAAAGGUGGAGAAUCGUUGAAGUUGAGCUUCAACACAAUCAUUUAGUGAGCCCUGAAAUCAAACGCUUUUAUAAGUCACACAAGAAAAUGAUUCUUGCCGCCCAGAAAUCACAGCAAGCUGAACCCGUUAAAGAAAUACAUACUAUUAAGUUAUACAGGACUUCAGUUAUCAAUGCAGCGCCCAAUGGGUACUCCAAAGUUAAGGAAAGAGAUGUUAGGCAUCCUACAGAUCACUCAAAGCAUUUGGAACUUAAAGAAGGGGAUGCACAUGCAGUCUACAACUACUUCUGCCGCAUGAAGUUGACGAAUCCAAAUUUCUUUUAUUUAAUGGAUCUUGAUGAUGAAGGACGGUUGAAAAACAUUUUCUGGGCUGAUGCUAGGUCCAGAAGUGCUUAUAUUUACUUUUCUGACGCAAUUGCAAUUGACACAACUUGCUUGACUAAUAAGUAUGAGUUGCCUUUGGUUUCUUUUGUGGGAGUAAACCACCAUGGGCAGUCUGUCUUAUUGGGAUGUGGUUUUCUUGGGCACGAGUCAGUUGAGUACUUCGUUUGGAUGUUCAGGUCAUGGCUGACAUGUAUGUUAGGCAGGCAUCCACGAGUUAUCCUCACUGAUCAGUCAAAAUCCUUGCAGAUGGCCAUCUCUGAGGUAUUUCCUGGGACUCGUCAUUGUUAUUGUCUGUCAUAUAUCAUGCAGCGUGUUCCUGAGAAAUUGGGUGGACUGAGGGGAUAUGAAGCUAUCAGGAAGCAACUGAAUCAAGCGGUAUAUAAUUCUAUGAAGAUAGCUGAGUUUGAAACUGCCUGGGGUAGCAUGGUCGGUCAGCAUGGGCUUGGGGAGAAUAAAUGGCUACAAUCAUUACAUGAAGAUCGACAAAGAUGGGUGCCAGUGUACAUAAAAGACACCUCUUUUGUUGGAAUGAUCCCUGUUAAAGAAAAUGAGGUUUCAAAACCUUUGUUUGAUGGCUAUGUUCACAAACACACAUCGUUCAAGGAAUUUCUGGAUAAGAAUGACCUUGCACUGCAAAGAAAGCUGAUGAAAGAAGCUACAGGUGAUACAGAGUCCAGAAAUUGCAGCUUUGAGUUGAGAACAAAAUGUAAUUUUGAGUUGCAGCUCUCCAAGGUGUACACCAAGCAAAUUUUUGAAAAGUUCCAGAUUGAAGUUGAAGGGAUGUACUCUUGCUUCAACACAAGGCAAGUCAACAUCAAUGGGCCUAUAAUAACAUAUGCUGUUAAAGAGCGAGUUGAAGUAGAAGAAAGUGAAAAGGAGGUUAGGCAGUACGAGGUUCUGUAUGAGACAACUAACAUGGAAAUAAGGUGUAUUUGCAGCUUGUUUAAUUUCAGAGGUUACUUGUGCAGACAUGCAUUGAAUGUCUUCAACUAUAAUGGUGUGGAAGAAAUCCCAUCUCAGUACAUCCUACCACGCUGGAGCAAAGAUUACAAACGCAGGUUUCCUCUAGAUCCUUUCCCCAACGACGUUGAUUUGAAUGACUAUGUGCUUAGGUAUAAUCAUCUACUUAGCCGUGCUAUUCAAGUCAUUGAAGAAGGGGCGCAAUCUCGGGAAUGCUGGAAGGCUUCCUUACAAGGAUUGGAAGAGUUAUGUAGGAAAUUCGCUCUUGAAAAUGUUGAUGAGGUUUAUUUGUAACCAUUAACUUCAUUUUUUUGGGGGGGUUUUUGGUCUCAACUGUUCUUGCACAUAUGUAUAGGUGUACAUAUACUCCAUAUCCUUGUCAUCCACAUUUGCAUUAUUCCAGUGUCUGUGUAGACAAGACUGAGCUCUCAAUUUAUCCAGAUUGGCCAAUACGAAGCUAGAAAUUGUCUAAUUACCAA